CUAUCUGCCCCAACAAGUACGCUAUGAAGAUUCUGCAUUCACCCCUCUAAGCUAACAUCACACCAACACCUCUUCCUCAUUACACUUCGCUCCACACUCUCUCUCUCAAAUGAAACCCAGCGACAACAUGUCAAUGCUCGCCAAGACCGACUCCGAGGUUAGCAGCCUCAGCCAAUCGUCGCCUACGAGGUCUCCCCGGCGGGCCGUCUACUACGUCCAAAGCCCAUCACGGGACUCCUCCAACGACGGCGAGAAGACCACCAACUCAUUCCACUCCAGCCCACUACAUAGCCCAUUGGGCUCCCCUCCCCAUUCCCACUCCAACUCCUCCUUGGGCCCGCAUUCCCGCGAAUCUGCCUCCACCCGCUUCUCGGGCUCGCGCAAGAGCAAUGCCUCCAACCGAAAAGGCCCGUGGAGGCCCUGGAAGGAUCAGUUCCACGCCAUCGAGGAGGAAGGCCUUCUCGAUGCCCACGACGCCGCGCAACAUGCCUUCCCUCGUCGCUGCUACUUCCUAGCAUUUGUUAUGGGCUUUGUUGUUCUCUUCUCUUUUUUCUCUCUCAUUCUGUGGGCCGCAAGCCGCCCCCAGAAACCCGCCAUUACACUUAAGAGUAUAACGUUUGAUCAAUUUGUGAUUCAAGCGGGUGCGGAUACGUCAGGAGUUGCCACAAGCUUGGUGUCCAUGAAUUCCUCUGUGAAAUUGACAUUUCGUAACACCGCUACAUUUUUCGGGGUCCACGUGACCUCAACUCCCCUAGAUCUCAACUAUUAUCAGCUUACCCUCGCCACUGGAAAUAUGCCAAAGUUCUAUCAAUCUAGAAAAAGCCAGAGAUCUAUUAGAGUGAUGGUGAAAGGGAGUAAUAUCCCACUGUACGGAGGGGGAGCCAAUUUGAACAGCGUGAAUGGCGCGCCAGUUGAUGCGGUGCCAUUGUCAUUGAGCGUGAUGGUGCGGUCAAAAGCUUAUGUUUUGGGGAAAUUGGUUAAGCCCAAGUUCAACAAGAAGAUAGAGUGCUCCGUGGUUAUGGAUCCGAAGAAGAUGGGCAAGGCCAUUUCGCUUGUGAACAAGUGCACUUACCAGUAAUGUCAGCAACGUGAUAAUAAA